AUGGAACCAAAAGUAAAGAAAAUUGUAACUGAAAUAUUCUAUAAUGUUCAGUUUAACAAAACUUGUCAUCAGAGUAAUUUAAAAAAACUGAAAAAAUGUUACGAACAGAUUAAUCUGUCAUAUUUUUGGAAGUACUUCGAAUCCUGCUUUAGGGUCCCGCUUAGUAUUCCUCGGCGGCAUCCUCGUGUUGAAAAUACUUUGGAAUUUGUGGCUAAAUUUGCCGCCAGUUUAUAUUCAAUUACAGAUAACGAUGUUGAAACUGAAGAACCUUUAUGCCCCUUUCUUAAUAAACUGUUUGACUUUAUUUUAACAAAUCAUGGUGCAAAAAAUCCAGGAGUGAGAUUUCGUAUUUGUCAUUUUUUAAAUAUACUAUUAAACUCAAUGGGUGAACAUGCUUUUAUGGAUGAUGAUCUUUGUGAUAAAAUUACUGUUUCUAUGAUGAAUCGGUUGUUGGAUAAAUCUCCAAAAGUUAGAGCUCAAGCAAUUUUUGCUUUACAUAGAUUGCAAGAUCCAGCAGAUGAUCAAUGUCCAGUUAUAAAAAUGUAUAUAUUUCAUGCCACUAAAGAUCCAAAAUCUGAUGUUCGUAGAGCAGCACUAAUGAGUAUGGGAAAAAAUCAAAACACUUUACAAGUAGCAUUAAGAAGGACCAGGGAUGUGAAUGAGUCAGUUCGUAAAAUAGCAUAUGAAUUCAUUAGUAAAGUUACCGUAAGAUCUUUAACCAUUACACAGAGAGAUCAGCUGCUAAAUGAUGGUCUUAAAGAUAGAUCUGAAAUAGUUAGAAAAACUGCUCAAAAUGUUUUGUUACCAGCAUGGUUAAGACACUUCAAUGGGAAUUUUAUCAGUUUAAUAAAAGCUCUUGAUGCUGAAAUUGGUACAGAUGUAGCUGUUUUAUCUCUAGAGUCUUUAUUUAAGAGUGCUGCAUUAAAUAAUUUAAUAGAACAAUUACCAGUAGAUAAAGAAACAAAAUUAAUUCCAACAGAUCAGUUAGUCAGUGAAAAUGCAUUGUAUUGGAAAUGUCUAGUAAAACAUCUUCAACGUGAAAUGUGUACAGAAGAAUUGGAAACAAUAAUUCCAGAAUUAUCUAAUUUUUGCACUUACAUUUCUGAUUUCCUUGUAACAAUGUCUGCACAACAAAGUGAAAAAUGGGUAUAUCAUACGCAGAAAUUUAUUUUAUUACAGUUAUUUGAAAUAAUAACAACUUAUGAUUUAUCUGAUGAAGUUGGAAGAAAAAAACUAAAUGAAGUAAUCUGUAAUACUUUGAUGAGUAAUCACUGCUCUGAACAAAUUAUUGAACAUAUAGUAACACAUUUACAAAAAGUUAUACCAGAUGUGAAUAGUAGGUUGGACAUAUUAGCCAAUAUAAUCAGUGAAAUUAGAUUACCUUUGAAGGAAACACAAGUACACACACAAAUUUCAGAAGAGCAACAACAUGAGAUUAACAUGCAUAGGGCAAAACUCAAAGUCAAAUUAUUGGAACUGAAAGAAGAAGAGUAUCAAGCUAUAGAAGAGAAGCAAUACUUAAAAGCAGAUAGUUUAAAAAAUCAAAUAAAUUCAUUAACUGAGGAAAUAACAAAAUUAUCAAAACAACCGGACAUAGUAACGAUUGAGGAGAUUAAGGAAAAGAAUGAUCCAGAAACGAUGAUAAAAUGUCUGAGCAUUAUAUGUACAAUGAUGCAGUCUGUGAAUGCAUUAACGCCGACUCUUAGAAGCCUUAUGCAAAUAGCACUCGAUAGUUUAGAUCAUUCAGAUGAUAGAGUACACAUACUGGCGGUAAAAGCGGUCAGUAUUUGUUGUAUAUUGGACAAGGAAUUGGCCAAACAACAUAUUAUGACGUUAUUUUUACAAUUUUCUCUGGAACAAGAAAAUGUAGAAAUUUGGAUCGUAGCUUUAAAAGGAAUUUUUGAUCUUUUAUUAUUAUAUGGCCUUGAGUAUUUCGACAUUGUAGAAAAUACGCAAGAGAACACUACUAAUAAAGGUGAAAAAUCUCGAACCAAAUUGUAUAAUAAUACUGACUCAGAUAUUUCUUUAACGUCGGUAAAUAAGACACACACAGAAGGAUGUAAUUUUAUUAAAAUCUUAGCAGGAUUAUUAGAUAAUACAAAUCAAGAAUUAAGGACUGUUGCCGCUGAAGGCCUUUGCAAAUUGUUACUUAAUCAACGAAUCAGUAACUCGAGUUUAUUGUCCAGACUAAUAAUUUUAUGCUAUAAUCCUGUGAACGAUAAUGACUUUUAUCUUCGACAAUGUUUAAGCGGUUUCUUUGAUAAUUAUGUCACGCGUGUACCUGAUGCUCAAAUGCUACUAGAGGAGGCAUACCUGCCGACGUUAGGAAUUAUAUGCAACGCACCGGAAGUCAGUCCCUUGCAAGAAAUUGAUCCUUACGAUAUAUCCAGAUUCAUACUGAACUUAAGUAGAUUCGGAAUUCGUAAAUCUGAUACAGAACAUUAUUGUGUCCACAAUAACAUAGUUUUUACUAUUCUGGCAGAAAUACUGAAUCCAGAUAGUAGUAUCGAUAAGGAAACAUUGGUUAAAUCUUUGAAAGAUCUGCACCUAGAGGUAGACGAUCCAUCCAAACAAAAUAUACGGGAAGCUAUGAACAAUGUUACGGAAUUGGUUUUAAAUUAUGACAAACGACUACUUAAGUAUAUUGAACUUUUUAAGAAUAAAUUAGAUCAUGGUGCCGUUGACGUACCAGCGGAUGAAGAUACUGAAGUUGAUGAAUGA